GCAUUUCUCGACGACCUUCAACACGUGCAUCACGUGUAUAGUGUACGACCUCACGUUUAUUUCCAAACCGCGCUUCAAUUUCCUAAAUUAACAGUCAAGUCUUUUUAUAAAGCUAUAAUAAAGUGUCAAGUGUUAUAAAAUUGAAUCUAUUUUUUUUCACAAAAAAACAAUGUCAAAAAAAUUUAAAACCCAGUGUAUUGUACCAAAUUGCAAUUCAGGAAAAUUGGUAAAACUCAACAGGUUUCCAAAGAAUAGUAAACAAUGUCAGUUAUGGAUAAAUGCUGUAAAAAAUCCAUUUUUAGAAACUCUUUCAUUAAAAGAAAUUCAAACUUAUCGUGUUUGUCAAUUACAUUUUUCAAAGGAUUCUUUUUUUAUCACGGCCCAACGUCCACGAUUAAAAUGGGAUGCAAUUCCAUCUCUUCAUUUACCAUUUGAAAAAAUCGAGGAAUUAAAAAUUGAUUUAAAAAUUGGUGUAAAAAAUAAUUUAAAUCAUGGAAUAAAAAGAAAAUUCAUUGACAAUUCAAUAUCCCUAAGUUAUGAGAAUGAAUAUGAAAAUCAAGAAGUAAUGGACAAUCAAGAUACUUUUUGGAAAAAUGAUCUUUUUGAAGAGAUAAAUAAUAAAAAUCAAGUGGAGAAUAUUUUAUCAUAUGCAAGUAAGGAAUUUCAACGUGCCGAAAAAAGUAAGGAAAUAACAAUGGCUUUAAAAAUACGUGCCAAAGUAUAUAAAAAUGGAAAACAACAUUUGGAAAAUGAAAAGUUAAAAAAAAAUAAAAUACCAUUUAAAGAAAAUAGAGAAAUUAAAACAGGCUGUUGCGUUGUUCCAAAUUGUAAUUCUGGUCGACGUAUUACCAAGCAUCGCUUUCCAAAAGACAAAUAUGUUGGUAAAAAAUGGAUGAAGGCUGUAAAAAGUCCUUUCUUGAAGGAAAUGACUUACGAAUAUAUUCGAAAGAAACGUCUUGCUGUUUGUUAUUUACAUUUUACUGAUGAUUCAUGGUAUCACGGUAUGAAACCAAGAUUAAAACCAGACGCAAUUCCUUCGCUUCAACUUCCUGAGAAAUUAAUUAGAAAGGAAGAUAUGAAACCAAAAAAACCAAUUGACUUACCAGAAAAUGUAAAUGAAGUACCUAAUAUUAAAAUGGAUAUAAUCAGUGCGACAUCAAUAUUGAGUUAUAAUUCAAUGCCAAAGAUUUGGGAUAUAUCAUUGGAAAAUAAUAGUAAUUUUAUUCGUGAGAGUUCCUUUGAAUUGUUGAAAAAUUUGGAAAAUUUAAAUGUCAAAUAUCGUUCAAUAAAUGAUAUUGGAAUGAUUCCAUUUGACACGAAAUAUUCCAAGGAAAUUGAAAUUUAAAAAGAAACUAUUGGUUUCAUUGAAUCAAGCUGUGCUGCCUUCCAUGACUAAAAACCGUAUAAAAAAAAUAAAUUAAUGACUCUCGUGCGAAUUAUAAAUUUGCAAAAUUAAAUGUUUAGGUUCUUUUGUUUUUUAUAUAUAUUUUUAAAGAAGCUGUUAAUUUUAUAGAAUAUUUAUUUACAAACUUGAAGAAUAUUUUACAAUUCUCUUUUUAAAUUAUAGGUUAUAUAGUUUAGAAACAUGUUUACAUGCACGUACAUUUUUUUUUUGACGCUUUGCAAUUAUAUUUGCUAUAUUUUAUAAAAAUUAAAAAAAUCUCUUACUCCUGUAUCACAAAAAAAAAUGUAAUGAUAUAGAUAACAUUUAUCUAUAAAAAUCUGAUAAAUUUAUAUCUAUAUGGAUAAUAAUAAAAAAAAUGUGAUAUCAGA